AUGUUAGACAGUCUUUACGGUUCAUAUAAUUCUCAUAUACCUCACGAAAGAAAUCGUGAAGUAUUUGAGGAGAUGGAUGGAUCGAAUGUAGAUUUUGCUUUCGAAGACUUAGUAAAUUUCGAGGAAACUCCGACGUUAACCUUUGAUGAAGCAUUUUCUGAGUUAAUACAAUACUACCGAUCAUUACUCGGUAUGAAUUCCUUCUUAGCUCGGUAUAAUGUCAGUAUUCAUUAUUAUAGAUCGGGUGUUUACAAUUCUAAGAAGGAAGCAUAUGAAAAAUAUUGCCAGUACGCGCAUUCAACUAGAUUUAGUGUUCGGAAAGAUCAUCAUCAUUUUUGGCCAAAUAUAAGGAAAAUCAAAUCAAAGGAUUUUAUGUGUUCUAAAUCAGGUUUCAAGAAGGCGAAUGAGAGUGAUACUAAGGUAAAAUAUCGAAGAUCAUGUACAAGAACAGGAUGUCCAGCCAUGGUUAGAUUUUUGGUGAGUCAAGAUGGGGUUUGGGCAGUGAAUAAAUCUAUAGAAAGUCACAAUCACGAACUGGCUAGGCCGGAUGAUCAACAUUUGCUCAAGUUAUCUAGGAGCAUUAGUGAUGAUAAUGCAGCUAUUUUGAAAUCUAUGUCAGAAGUAGGGAUAAGAACUGUCGAUGCAUUUACAUACCUAUCUAAUGAAGUUGGAGGUGUGGGUAAUCUUGGAUUCAAGAAGCAGGAUGCAUACAACUACAUCCAAAAAGAAAGAAUAGCAAAGAUCGAGACUGGAGACACUAAUUCACUGAUCAAGUUGUUUAAAAAACGGGCAAUUGAUGACAACAUAUUUGCCUGGGAUGUUGAAACUGAUGAAGAUGGGUGUUUGUUGAAUUUCUUCUGGGUGGAUGAUCUUGGUAGAAUUGAUUAUGCCUAUUUUGGGGAUGUGAUUAUAUUCAAUAAUAGUUAUCGUUUAAAUAAAUAUAACUUAGCUUGUGCCCCAGUUGUCGGAGUAAAUAAUCACUGGCAAAAUGUUCUACUAGGAGUUGCAUUUUUAUCUGAUGAGACUAUAGCUUCCUUUACCUGGCUUUUUCGAACAUUUAUUAAAAUCAUGGAUAACAAACAUCCCAUUACCAUUUUUAUUGAUCAGGACCAAGCCAUGGCCAGGGCAAUAGAGAUUGCAUUGCAUCAUGCACGACAUCGAUUGUGUCAAUGGCAUCUCUACAAAGAGGCACCUUCAAACUACCAUAUAGUAAAGCUCGGUACUACUCGGUAUCACUCGGUACUACUCGGUAUUGAUAUAGUACCGAAUUUUUCAGUAGUUCAAGAAGGUUUAGUCGUAGGAGGUGGUGCUGGUUUAGGAGUAGUAUCAAGUGCCGCUGGAAGUUCACUUGUUGAAGUUGGAGUAGGUUCAGGUGCUGGUGCAAGUUCUUUUUCAGUAGUUGGAGACGGUUCAGUUGUAGUUGGUGGUGCAAGUUCACUUGUAGAAGUUGGAGCAGUUUUAGUUUGA